GCAGGGCCGGCCCCCGGGGAGGAGCUGCGGCUGACCUUCCCGGUGCGGGACGGCGUGGUGCUGGAGCCCUUCCGCCUGCAGCACAACCUGGCAGUCAGCAACCACGUCUUCCAGCUGCGCGACUCCGUCUACAAGACCCUCAUGAUGAGGCCUGACCUGGAGCUGCAGUUUAAGUGCUACCACCACGAGGACCGGCAGAUGAACACCAACUGGCCGGCCUCUGUGCAGGUGAGCGUCAACGCCACGCCGCUCACCAUCGAGCGUGGCGACAACAAGACCUCCCACAAGCCACUCUACCUGAAGCACGUCUGCCAGCCUGGCAGGAACACCAUCCAGAUCACUGUCACAGCCUGCUGCUGCUCCCACCUCUUCGUCCUGCAGCUGGUGCACCGGCCCUCGGUGCGCUCGCGCAACUUCAGCAGUGGGACCAUCCCGGGGACCCCAGGGCCCAACGGUGAGGACGGUGUGGAGCAGACAGCCAUCAAGGUGUCCCUCAAGUGUCCCAUCACCUUCCGGAAGGGCCAUGACUGCCGGCACAUACAGUGCUUUGACCUGGAGUCCUAUCUGCAGCUCAACUGUGAGAGGGGGACGUGGCGGUGUCCUGUCUGCAAUAAGACAGCCCUGCUGGAGGGGCUGGAGGUGGACCAGUACAUGCUAGGCAUUCUGAUCUACAUCCAGAACUCAGAGCAUGAGGAGAUCACCAUUGACCCGACCUGCAGCUGGAAACCCGUCCCGGUCAAACCCGACGUCCAUGUCAAGGAGGAGCCGGAGGGGCCGGCACUGAAGCGGUGCCGGACCCUUAGCCCCACGCACAUGGUGCUGCCUAACAUCAUGGAGAUGAUUGCAGCCCUGGGGCCUGGCCCUGUGCCCUUCUCNNNNCUGCCCCCCCCAAUCACCUUCUCUCCUCCCGCAGGUUCCAGCUUUCCAGGACAUGGUGGUUUCCCAGAGCCAUUCCCCACCCCUGGCACACCAACGCUGAGCGAUUUUGCACCGGGGCCACCCCCCAUCUCCUACCAGUCUGACAUCUCUGGGGGCCUCCUGGCCGCUGAGAAGCCGCCCGCACCCCCUCUCCCCACACAG